AUGUCUCAGACCCCCUCGUCAUUCCUGCCGACCGUUAUUGACGGACGAGCUAGGAAGGCGCCCGGGAGAGGGGAGGGAUACCGACUGCGCAGUGGCACUGCGCAGCUUCUACCCGCCCUCUCUGCGCAUGCGCCCGUUGCAAAGGUCGGGAGGGGAAAUUGCGCCCGCGCCUUCCUCAACCGCUGCGCACGGAACGUCUUCGUUUUGCACUCGGCGGAGCGUGACGUGUGCUGGCGUGCAUAUAAGCCCGUCUUCUCGGACCUAUUGGAUCAGUUCCCUGCAAGUCACUCUGCGAAGAUCUGCGAAGAACUGCGAAGAUGCCUUCCCCAUGCUGCGAACAGUGCAAAGAGACGUGUGCCGCUGGCCAGAACUGCGGAGCGGACUGCAAGUGCGGCGACGAGUGCAAGUGCAGCACGCAGGCCACUCAAGCCGCCGAUGCGUGCAAGUGCGCUGCCGACGGAGGAAAGUGUGAUUGCCCUGAAGGAUCCUGUGCCUGCAAGUGAAUUGGCAGGCUCCAUCUUUCCCUUUUGCACCGUCACCAUCUUUAAUUUAUGUGAAAUCAUUUUCAAUCAUGUGUCGCCAGAACUGCAGUCCACGGAAUUUUGGAAGGACUCAACAUCUGCUAAGAACGUGACUGAUUAGUACAUAUCACUUCCUUUAAGAUCUGAAAUCACAAAUAUGAUUUGUGUAGUCUUCCUCUGGCAUUAAAUUGUACAUAUAUUAUGCACACUUA